AGUCAGUAUGUAGGAUGACACUCCUCAUUGCACAGAAGUAAAGAAAGAUACAUGGGAUACAUGGGAUACAAAACUCUGUGCUUCGGGUUGUUCCUUAUUCUCUUUGCUUAUUAUAGUUAUAUACCAAUGCCUGAAAACAUUGAAGAACGCUGGAAAAUUCAGUUUCUGGAUGCUGGUAUGAAAAUGUUGUCAUUUAUGGCCAAAAUGUUUGAAAACUUGGGUCUUAUAAAAUAUGAAGAUGUUUUGUCUAUAUUUAUGAGAGUGCUUCUGACAAAACCAGUUUCAGAUGAAAACAUUACAGUGAUUGACACAGACUUCAGUGACAUCCCUGUUCGUCUGUAUUUACCCAAAUGGAAGUCUGAAAGACAGCGACCAGCUGUGAUUUACAUUCAUGGUGGUGCCUUCACCUUAGGAAGCUGCAAGAUACGCUCCUAUGAUUACCUGAACCGAUGGACAGCAAACAAGCUUGAUGCUGUUGUUGUGGGACUAGACUACAGGCUUGCUCCUCAGUAUCCAUUCCCAACUGCCUUUGAAGAUUGUGUUCUUGUGAUCAAGUUCUUUCUCCAGGACACAAUUCUUGAAAAGUAUGGAGUAGAUCCCACUCGCAUUUGUAUUUCUGGAGACAGCUCUGGAGGCUCAUUGGCAACAGCAGCAACUCAGUUGCUCCAGAAUAAUCCAGAAUAUAAAGAUAAAAUUAAGGCACAAGCCUUGAUAUAUCCUGCACUACAAUUUAUCGACACCUUGAUGCCAUCUCAUCGAGAGUAUGAACAUGGUCCCUUUCUUUCAAGAGAGAUAGGAAUUAAGCUGGCACACCUAUAUGUAACUGAAGACAUAGCCCUGCACCAGGCUAUGCAGAGAAAUGAACACAUGCCUCAAGGAUCAAGACACCUGUUCAAGUUUGUUAACUGGAGUGACUUUCUUCCUGAGAAGUAUAAAAAGAACCAUGUUUAUAAUGAGCCCACUCUUGGAAAGCUAAAUGUAUUCUACCCAGCACUUAUGGAUAGCAGGCUAUCUCCUUUGCUAGCCAGUGACUCUCAGUUACAGAGUUUGCCAUUAACAUACAUCCUCACUUGUGAACAUGAUGUCCUAAGAGAUGAGGGUCUCAUUUAUAUUACACGUCUUAGAAAUGUUGGGGUUCAAGUUGCUCAUGACCACAUAGAAGAAGGGAUCCAUGGAGUCAUGUCACUCAUUGCAAUGCCAUACAAUUUACAGUUAGGAUUAAAAGUAGGAGAAAAAUAUAUCAGUUGGUUAGAAAAAAACUUAUAAAUCAAGCAUAGAUGGAGAUAAUUUAAUCUAAUGUUUAGUAAGCAUGAUGAUAAUUUGAGUUGUAUUUGAACAUACAUAUAAUUUAGCAUAAAGAUCUUUGCACAAAUUUGAUAAAUAUACUUAAAUAUCCUGUUUGUUACUGAAAAUGUGGAGUAUUCACUUAUUAUUCCCAUUACUAUCAUGUAUUAUCUUGUGACGGAAAGUCUCUAAGAAUUCAAUUGUAGUAGUUCAGCAUUAAAAUGUGGUUAUAUGCAAAAACACAUGUCUGUUCCCAGACCAUGAUAAAAACCAAGUGAUGGAGACAAAACAGUUGUAUUGAGUGAACACUAUUUAGUAUUUCUGGCAAAGUUUCCAAUUAUAUAUUUAUACAUUAAUUCCAUAUGCUCAAUAUAAGUUAAAUCCAUUUUUUAGUUUAUGUUUUUGGAAGUUUAUGUAUACUCUGAAUAGAAAGCUUUCCUUUAUUGUGGAGAAGCUUAACAUCUAAACUGAAAAUAUUUCCUGUAGUUUAAAUAUGUCAUCUUUAUUUAUAAUUUAGUAAAAGCAAACUUGAAGAUAACUGUCUGAACAGCAUCCAUUGCUAACCAAUGAUUCUUAAUCCUUGAUGACAUAGAAACAAGUAUAGAUAGCAGUUAGAAUUAUUCAUUCUGCUUUUCUUAAUUUUCAAAGUGAGUCAUUAGCAAACGUGGAGACUAUUCACCUAGGAAGUUAUAUAAGCUCCAAUCUAUUUGCUUCCCUCUUUGAUGAGACCAACACACUCAUCAGCUCACAACUGCAUAAUAACCAAUUUUCAUUUUCUUUGGGAGGUAUUAAAAUUAUAUAAUUUCUGAGAUAC